AUGCCAACUGCUACUGCUGCUGCACAGAACGGUAAGAGAGACGAAGCCGAGCUUGUCGACAAGGCCAUUAAAGAAGCCCUCGAGCGAAGUCAGUCUACCGCACCUCCGACAUCUUCUACCUCUAUCGUAUCCCAGAUAAGCGAUACUGUGGACAUGUCCAACGACAGCGGUCGUGCUGUGAUUGCUGAGCUCCGCAAGAGGAUAACAACACAUGAAUCUAGUAGAAUCCAAUGGGCCGCCUUACUGCUGUUGGAUGACCUCAUGCGGCACACUGAAGUGACCUUCCAUCUCAAUGUGGCUGAUAAUGAGUUCCUCACUAGUCUGUCAAAGGUCCUCCAGCGGCCAGACUGCGACCCUGAGGUGAAAUCAACCAUCUUGCGGUUGGCUAGUGAAUGGGCUGCGAGGUUCGCGCGGGAUGCUGAUAUUUUACCCAAUUUCCAAUCGUUUUACAGACGCCUACAGGACGAAGGCUAUACUAUGCCAGGGGCUGUUGAAGCAACUCCAGUGAAGGCAACAGUUGUUGAGAGUGGCACUACUGGCGACUAUCAAUCGCCGAAUCAGAACCUCAUGGACCUAACAUACGAGCAGGAUGCCGAGGGCCAGGAUCCAGAGACCUUUAUACCAGAAGUCCAGCAAACGCUAGAGCUGUGGGACGAGUGUUUUGACAAAGCCAAGCGAGAGAGCUCACCUGAUGUGUCGACGAAUGAAGCUCUCAUUUCCCUUGCUGGUAAUAUGGACCGGUAUUCGAUUCAGCUGCAGUUGUGGAUAGAGCUGCUCGAGCCAGGUGAAAUGAUGGACACAGCGAUCUCCUUGAAUUCAGAGGUCCUCAAGGCUCUUGAUGACUUCCGGGCUUUCCGCUCUCGAGCAUGAACAAGUACCAGCUCGCAGUUUUAUAUCAGUCCAUCCUGAGUAACAUUAUUGCUAUCAAUUGCUGUGGACCCUCCGCCCUAGUAGUGAAGCGACUCUGUUGUUUCUAGCGUUGUUCUCCAGAUGGGGUAGUAGUGGUCACUCCUUAAACUCGC